CAUAACGAAUUUACGUAGAUAUAUAAAUUGAUAGCAUCCUUAUCUGAUUAAGUACAUAUUUAGUAUAGUUUAUACGCAGUCACGCCUGCUUUAAUUUACGAACAUUAUCGGCCGUGCGUUUAAUAUGAACAUGUGUUUCAAUUUUAGUGGAUUUUGUGUUAUAAUAUACGAUGUGCGUGCUUAAUAAUAAUAUUUCGAACUUGUAAAAUGAAUAUAAGACCUCCGACAAUUCCAUUUUCCAUUUUAAGAGAAUUACGUUGUCGUAAUUGUCAAAAUGUCGUCAGCUGCGGACCGGUUUACGUCAUCCCGGACGGGGAAAAUGUCUUGUGCGGAAGAUGCAAAAAUUUCGCGAAAAAUAUUUAUCGCAACACAUCUUUCGAAGCUUUAGCUUCGAUGUUUCUAUAUCCUUGUCGAUAUUGGGAGGAUCAUUGUCCGAGGAUUUUACGUUGGGACGAAUGUUUCGAUCAUGAAGAGAAAUGUUCGUACAACGGCGGAUGCGGGUUGUUUUGGAGACACCCUAGGGCUUAUUUGAAAGGAAAAAGGGAGAUGCCUUUCGGCGGUGAGUGUUUCGAUCUAAAAUAUUAAAAAUAAAUAAUCAAUUGUUAUAAUUAUAUAGAUCUUCGACUUAUUCCAAUACCAGAAAGGCUUCUGGAAGAUAUAAAAUGUUUCCAAUGCCAAGGUUAUUUAUCUUGCGAUCCAGUUUUUAUCAGAAGUGACGGUAGAAAUAUCUGUCAUCGUUGUGUACAUUCGAACGGAACGCCUAAGGAUUGCGUCAGGAAUACUGCGUACGAAACGUUGUCAAAUAUCAUCGUUUUUCCGUGCGUUUUUAGAAAUAGGGGAUGUCCGACGCGUUUAAAAUUCGGUACAGAUCUAUGGCAUCACGAGGCAGAUUGUUCGUACAAUCAAAUGUUCAAGAAACAACACAGCGAUAACGGUAAGCGGAAGGGUGUUAUUGAAACUCAUUCCGGACAUAUUUACGGUACUAUAACGCCUAAUUACGCCCCGUUUUCUCGACCACCUUCCAAUACAGAAUUCGAUAUCAAUCGACAAUUAUUACAAUCUUUGAAAAAACAACAAGAAAGAAAAAUGAUUAGGGCCGAAGAAAUCGGUUCUAAUAUAACGAAAUAUAGUUCAGAAGAUGGAUCAGACAUAAGUUCCGUUAGAUACGACGAACCCGAUUCGAAGAUGUACAAUUUACAACCCCCACAAACUGCGUUAACCCCAUCAUCGGAGGAAUUAAGUGUGAAAUCGCCGGUUUUUUUAAAUUCCCCAAAGGAUUUUCUACAUUUUGAUUACACGAAUAUCAGCAAUAUAAAAAAUAUAAAAGACAAUUAUUAUCAAAAUAUAUCGGCGCCAAAAGAAAACGGAGACGGUAUGAAUUUUCAGCCGGAAUUGACCGAGGAAAAUUACAGGGGUACCAGUCAAAAAGGUUACCCGGAAACUAUGAGACCGCCUUCUAUAUUAAAAAGUCCUUUACAAGAAUUGGAUUAUAAUCCUUUGAACGGACAAACUCCGAUAUACAUAAAUCCUUACGGUCAAGGAUUGAUACCUAAACCGACUGUCAAAGGCGUCGUUAGAACUGAUAGUUUAUCGAGUAAUAGAGAAUUGAUACAGGAAUUGAGGGUGAGACAGAACAAAAUGAAAACGAACGAAAAGAAGGAAACGGAUAGUCCUUACAAGGAAUGUAAUAAUUUAGAGGAAAUUUUACAAGUACACGAUACUUUUAGUGUUAAAAAUUGAUUUAUUUGUUGUUUGUUUAUAAAUAUAAGCACUGGGUAUAAAUAAA